AUGAAGGUUCUCCUGAAGUUAGAGAUUGAAUUUGCUAUAGACUGGGGGAUGUUAGGAGACAUUUUGAAGCCGGGAGUAGCAUACAUUGACAAAUUGGAUGGCAAUAUUCUCAGGGAUCAACCCAGAAUUAUGAAUAAAGACCUGCUCUCUGCCACAUCUGCCCAGCUGUGCUAUGAGAACCUGAACACUUCCUGUGUCAGGAUCCCAUACUCCACAGGCCCUCGCCUCAUCCUAUAUGCAGUCUUUGGCUUUGGGACUAUGCUGGCUGUGUGUGGAAACCUCCUGGUGAUGACAUCAAUUCUUCAUUUCAGGCAGCUGCACUCUCCUGCCAACUUCCUGGUGGCAUCCCUGGCCUGUGCUGACUUCUUGGUAGGACUGGCGGUGAUGCCCUUCAGCACAGUGAGGUCUGUGGAGGGAUGUUGGUACUUUGGGGAGACUUACUGUAAAUUACACAGUUGUUUUGAUGGGUCAUUCUGUUAUUCUUCUCUUUUCCACUUGAGCUUCAUCUCUGUGGACAGAUAUAUUGCAGUCAGUGACCCCCUGGCUUACCCCACCAGGUUCACUGCAUCUGUAUCUAGCAAGUGCAUCACCUUCUCAUGGCUCCUGUCCAUCAUCUACAUCUUUUCCCUCCUUUACUCAGGAGCAAGUGAAGCAGGGUUGGAGGAUCUAGUCAGUGCCCUCACCUGUGUGGGGGGUUGUCAGGUCGCUGUGAAUCAAAACUGGGUCUUCAUCAAUUUUGUAAUAUUUUUAAUCCCCACACUUGUGAUGAUAACUGUCUACUCUAAGAUUUUCCUCAUUGCUAAACAGCAGGCUCAGAAGAUUGAGAAGAUGAGUGACCAGACUGCCAAUGCAGCAGAGAGCUACAAGGAUAGGGUGGCCAAGAGGGAGAGGAAAGCAGCCAAAACCCUGGGAAUCGCAGUGGCUGCCUUCCUCCUUUCCUGGCUGCCAUACUUCAUUGACUCCAUCAUUGAUGCCUUCCUAGGAUUCAUCACUCCCAUGCAUGUGUAUGAAAUACUAGUUUGGAUUGUUUACUAUAACUCAGCCAUGAACCCUUUGAUUUAUGCAUUUUUUUAUCCUUGGUUUCGAAAAGCCAUCAGAAUGAUAGUCACUGGCCAAAUCCUGAGAGAGAAUUCCUCCACCAUCAACUUGUUUCCUGAGUAG